AUGGAAUCAGCAAAGUUCACAGUGAUUGGACCCCGUGACCCUGUCACUGCCAUCCUGGGUCAGGAGACUGUGUUAACCUGUCACCUGUCCCCCCGGAUGAGCGCUGCAAACAUGGAGGUGAGAUGGUACCGAUCUCAGUUGUCAUCCUUUGUGCAUCUGUAUCGUGGUGGGAAGGAUCAGUAUGAAGGGCAGAUUCCAGAGUAUCGGGGAAGAACAGAGCUUUUAAAAGCAGGACUCACAGAUGGAAACAUUCCCUUGAGGAUUCUUAAUAUCAGACAUUCUGAUGAAGGACAAUACCUGUGUUUUGUUCAAGACGAUACUUUUUAUGAAGAAACCAUAUUGGAACUGCAGGUAGCAGGUCUGGGCUCUGCUCCUCUCAUCUCUGUUGAAGGUCACCAGGAUGGAGGGAUCCGAGUGAUUUGUCAAUCAGCUGGCUGGUACCCAGAGCCUGAGAUGCUGUGGAGAGAUCUCAAUGGACGACAUUUACCAUCACUCUCUGAAACAACAUCCCGAGGCGAUAACAACCUGUUUGGAAUAGAAACUGCUCUCAUUGUGAAAAAACAUUCAAACCAAAACUUGUCCUGUUGCAUCAGGAACACCGUUCUCAAUCAAGAAAAGGAAUCAGCAGUUUAUAUAGCAGCGAAUGUGACUCUGGAUCCAGACACGGCUCAUCCCAACCUCUUCCUGUCUGAGGAUCGGAAAAGUGUGAGAUGGGAAUACAACUGGCAGGAUCUGCCCAACAACCCUGAGAGAUUUGACUAUUGGUCCUGUGUGCUGGGCUGUGAGGGAUUCACCUCGGGGAGACAUUGCUGGAAGGUGGAGGUGGGGGGUAGGGGACUCUGGGCUAUGGGGGUGGCCAGAGAGUCUGUGGGGAGGAAGGGGGAGAUCAGCCUUAGCCCUGAGCGGGGGAUCUGGGCUGUGCAGUGGUGGGGUCAGUUCCGGGCUCUCACCUCCCCUGUGACCCCCCUGCCCCUGAGCCGGUUCCCCAGCAGGAUCCGGGUUUGUCUGGACUGUGACCAGGGGCAGGUGACAUUUAUCGAUGCUGGUGACGAGGCCCCGAUCUUCACUUUCCCGCCCGGCUCCGUCCCAGGGGGGAGAAUCCGACCCUGGUUCCGGGUGGGGCUGGGAUCCCGGUUCAGACUGUGUCCCUGA